UUGAAUUGUAAAUACAGAACUUUUGGUCAUCAUCUGUCUUUAAUAUCACGUAAUUUUGCCGUCAGACAGUGUAUAAAAGGUCCACAAUCCCUCUCAUUUUCAGUGUCUGCUGUUGCAACUCGUCACCACAACAUCACAAUGAAGGUUCUCGCAAUUCUUGCUCUGUUCGGUGCCAUCGUGGCAUGCCAUGCCUAUCGUAAAAAGGGAUACGGGUACAGUGGCUAUGGAGGUGGAUAUGGAGGCGGCUAUGGCGGCCUAGGUGGUUACGGUGGCGGUUAUGGUGGGAGCUACGGCGGUUAUGGUGGCGGCUACGGCGGUUAUGGCGGUUACGGUGGCGGUCAUGGCGGAUACGGUGGCGGCCUUGGCGGUUACGGUGGCGGUUAUGGCGGCGGCUAUGGUGGCCUUGGCGGUUACGGUGGUGGCUAUGGCGGUUAUGGCGGCGGGUACGGCGGCGGGUACGGCGGCGGGUACGGCGGCGGGUACGGUGGCGGGUACGGUGGCGGCUACAAAAAAUUGGGUUAUGGCGGCUAUGGCGGUUACGGUGGCGGUCUUGGCGGUUACGGUGGCAGUCUUGGCGGAUAUGGUGGCGGCUAUGGCGGUUAUGGCGGCGGUUACGGCGGCCUUAGCGGUUACGGUGGUGGCUAUGGCGGCUACGGCGGCGGUUACGGUGGUGGUUACGGCGGCGGCUACAGUGGAGGGUACGGCGGCGGCUACGGUGGCGGUUACGGUGGCGGUUACGGUAGCGGCUACGGCGGUUACGGUGGCGGCCAUGGCGGUUUUCGUCGAUACCAUGGAAAAAAAUACUAAACACAUGAACCUGAAUUCCAUUGACACCAGUCCUGUUUUACUAUGUUGCAAUAAAAACUAAAUAACUACA